AUGAGACGUUUAAUAUUUUCUUCUCUUUCAAAUUAUUUUUAUUUUGGAUUUAAUUAUCCUUCUAAUAUAAAUAAAUGCAGCAUUGUCACAAUUCGGAAGACUCAUACUAAAUUUGUCAGUGAGGAGGGAAUAAUUCGGUCAGAGUUUGUACCUGUGCCAAUAGCUACAGUACCUAUACAUGACACACUUUUGGAUGCUAUUUGGAAGCACUCAUUGAGACAACCGGGAAAGGCUGCAUUUAUUAGUGCCGAAUAUCCAGAACAACAAAUUACAUUUGCAGAAUUUUUACUCCAAUGUCAUUCUAUUGCACAAUUUUUAGAUUCAAUAGGAGUGGGAAAGGGAGAAGUUGGGGGUGUUGUUGUACAUAAUUGUUGGCAAUUUCUUGCAGCGUUUCUAGGCGCUUCGAUGCAGGGAGGGUGUAUUAGUGGUGCUAAUCCGCAACAUAAUGAAGAAGAAUUGGCAUAUCAAUUCAACGAAACUAAAUGUCGUGUUGCUUUCUGCUCUGACUUCUUAUUCGAUAAAAUGAGAAUUGUUAUGCAAAAAUGCCCUAAUCUUAAGCAUUUGGUGCUCAUUCCAAGUCAAUAUCCUCCAAUUUAUCAAAAUUCAUUACCUCCAAACGUUCACAAUUGGAUUGAUAUUAUCCAAAAUCGACCUAAUAUUGAAAGAAAAUUACCUGAAAUUAGUAUAGAAAAAGAUUUUGCUUAUUUGCCUUUUUCUAGCGGAACUACGGGUCCCCCAAAAGGCGUUAUGCUUUCUCACAAAAAUGUUGGUACAAUUCUUAACAUUUUUAAUACCCAUUUUGAUGAACGUGUAUGUCACCGAAUAUCGUUUAAUUGGGACUGGAAACGGGAAUAUACACUUUUAAUGUUGCCAUUAUACCAUAUUUACGGGUUUAUUCUUGGUUUAAAUUGUUUAUUUACUGGUUCUACUGGUAUUAUGAUGAAAAAAUUUGAUUUGGAUUUGUAUUGCAAGACUAUUCAAGAAUACAAACUCAAAUAUGCAACAUUAGUUCCUCCAAUACUUGUAUUAUUAGCAAAAAGUCCAAAAUUAAUUUCACGUUAUGAUUUAUCUUCACUUCGUUUUAUAAUGACUGGAGCUGCCCCAGUAGCUGAUGAAAUCUGCACAGAAAUUAAAAAAUUAAUUCCUUCUGUUGCACAAAUAGCCCAAGGUUAUGGAAUGACAGAACAGUCAAUGUGUUCACAUUUACCCGUUUUUGGAAUGGAUAACCAAAAAGCUGCUGGAAGAUUAAAUCCAAAUUUUGAAAUGAAAAUUGUCGAUAUUGAAAAGGAAAUUACUUUAAAACUUGGGCAAGUUGGGGAGAUUUGUACUAGAAGUCCAACUAAUAUGCUUGGAUACCUAAACAGGCCGGAUGCAACAUCAGAAACUAUUGAUGAAGAUGGAUGGCUAAAAACUGGUGAUAUCGGUUACCACGAUGAACAGGGGUGGACUUAUGUUGUUGAUAGACGCAAAGAACUGAUUAAAGUUAAAGGCCUUCAGGUUGCUCCUGCUGAAUUGGAAGGUUUAUUAUUGUCACACCCCGAUAUUAAAGAUUGUGCUGUGAUCGGUGUUUCUGAUAAAUUGUGUGGAGAGGUGCCAAAAGCAUUUAUAGUUCCAGAUAAUGAUAAACUGACUCCGGAAAUUGUCAAAAGUUUUUUGAAAGAAAAAGUGGCAUCUUAUAAACAACCUAAAUAUGUUGAAUUUGUCGAAAUAAUUCCAAAGAGUCCAUCAGGGAAAAUAUUACGAAGACUUUUACGGGAUAAAUAG